AUGAGCGCCCGAUCCCGAUCAUUGUCACCGGAGUUUGAUCCAUUGGCCUUCGACCAGGAUUUCACUCCUCUCCCAGAGUACAAAGCUGCUACCGAUACGGCUCUUGACUUUAAUGGACUCCUGCCAGAGCCUUUGAAGCUCCACCAAGAUUUAAGGACAGGAUGCGGAGGGCAACUUUGGCCGGCCGGAAUGACCCUCGCCAAGCAUAUGCUGCGCUACCACGCUGAUAAGCUGCAAAAGGCUCGGAUACUCGAGAUUGGCGCCGGCGGUGGCCUUGUCGGGCUUGCAGUCGCCAAAGCCUGCAGCUAUGAAACUCCCAUGUAUAUCACAGACCAACUGGAGAUGGAAGAGCUCAUGGCACACAACAUCACCCUGAAUGGCCUCGACGAUAAGGUCAAAUCCAUGAUUCUCAACUGGGGCGAGCCACUCCCAGCGGAAAUCGUUGCUCUCAAGCCCAAUACUAUUCUGGCUGCUGAUUGCGUCUACUUCGAACCCGCCUUCCCGCUCCUCCUCCAGACCCUGAAGGGUCUAUUGGCCCUUGAACCCAACGCCACCGUUUACUUCUGUUUCAAGAAGAGACGCCGCGCAGACAUGCAGUUUUUCAAGGCUGCCAGAAAGACCUUCAAGAUCACCGAGCUUGAGGACGAAGACCAGCCCGUGUUCACCAGACAAGGCUUGUUCCUGUACGCGAUUACCCGCAAAUAA